AUGAGAAGGAAGACGUGUCAUGAGGCGAGUCCUGCACCCCUCCUGCAACUCCCAUCGCCUGUUUCUGCCGCGGGCCAAGAAGCGCAUCUGACAGAGUGGUGGUCUUAUGACAAUCACAGCAGUCGAUUGGCGGCGCGGCCCAACGAAUCACCGGUGCCGCAGCGGGUAACGGCGACGGAGGACAGGUGGCCAGAGGGAAGCGACGGAGCACGUGUGCACCGUGCCCUCUCCUGGUCCCCUCGUGAGGAAUGUGGGCAGUCGCGCGGUGCCACCGCUCGUCAUGGAAAAAGCGAUUUAACUCCACCGAGGACGGGCCAUGCAAAUGACAACCAUGUCCUUGGUUUUGCUUGUAGAGGUGUUGAUGACGAUGGCGAUGGCGCCAGGUCUUUAAGCAUUGGGAGCCAUAGUCGUGGGGAGGAGGUUUCUUUGGGGAGACGAGCCGUAUUGCUUCGCACCAGCGAAAAACGUGGUCCAGCGGUGGUGUCAGAGUGCUGCAGGAAUUUCCCUAAUGACCCUCCUCAGGGCGAAGAGGGGGAGGAAAAGCUGUCCGCUGCCCUUCACGCAGCCCUCCCACGUUCUACUGUCGCCAUGCCUGCACCCCCCGACCAGGUCGAUGGCCUUGCUCAGUUAAUGGCAGGAUUGCAGCAGGCCAUACUACAGCUCAGUGGGGAGAUGCGAGAGCUGCGGCUGGCGUUUCAGGAACUGCGAGGGCCGCUGCUGAAUGGUUGGAAGGGUCUUUCACAGUCUGAACUAAGCGGACCAAUGGCGGUGGUUCCAGAGCCCCGUCGGGGCGAGCCCCUCCUCAUGUCAUCCAGCUGUUCCCUCACACACCCCCACACGCCUGAAGAGAGGUCGUGCCGCUCCGCGUCCCCACUGUUUCGCCCCGAAAGUCCGACGACGUUCCUGGACGCAGGCAUUAUCAGCGCAGUCUCCGACGGUCUAUUGGAGCUUGAGAAUAUACCGACUGUUUUACCUACUUGGAAGCCGCGUCGCAGUUGA